AUUCCAUUGAUUGCCAUUAUUAUUUCUCGACAAUCACUAGCGUUAGUUUCUUUUGUGGAUUCUUCGAGUGAAACUUUUUUUCGCAAUUGAUUGGAGGACCGCGAAUAUCCUGAUUGCAAUUUACCAAUAUUUUGGGAAUCCAUAAUGUCAUCGUGUUCUGAUAAAUACACGAACAGAUCACGAUAACGCACUGAUAUCCGGUAUCUUGAGCGAACGCGAUAUUUUAUAUCGACAACGCCGCGAACAAGGCAUGACAAGACCGGUGUUCGUGGAUUCGGCUGGUUGAUUCAUACACAAGAUGGAAAUCGAGGAUUUGACGCUAUAUUUUUACAUUGCAUGCGGUAUCUUUGCCGGUGCGUUUAUCUUACUUUUCGUUUUGGUGACCGUGCUAUUCGUGAAAGUAAAUCGAUUAUCCGAGGACGGGUCCAACCAACUAAACAGACAGACAAAUAUGAUGGCGGACUUCUGUUACACCAAUCCCACGAUCGUGCCUGGAGAACUGCUCUCUCGUCGUGGCUUUUCCAUGUACAGUGGAGCUGACAACUUUGAUGAUGAUUUCGGCAAGAACAAAAACGCUCAUUGUGGAACGUAUCAUGAGGCUCGAUCAAAAUUCUGAUUAAAAUUUGAAUCUG